AGAGAACGAGACACGGGUACCGAAAUGGCGCAGGAAGUUCCCGAGACGACGACGUACGAGCCGGAAGCCGAAGAAGACGCGAGGAGAAAGCGCGAGCGCCGAGUUGUUCAGGAGGGCACGGCGUUAUGGCGGCGACGGAAGGAGGAGCUGCAACGUCAAAAGCACCGCGAGCAACGUGAACUGCAGGAAAUUCUGACCAAUUACUCGCCGUGGGGUAAGCCAGGUGGCGGCGCGCCCUGCGCGGCCACCCUGAGGAAGAGAAACGUGCCCCUGGAGCCGCUCGAGCCGCCGAGAUGUCACAGUUUCGGUCAGGGUUGGACAAGCAACUCGACGAUCGACAGACUAUACAAGAGAAACACGGACCCGCCGCCGGCUAUUGUGGACGUGAAUAAAUUCUACGAUGACAGGGCGACGCCAGGUAUCGCAUCGGAAACACAACCGGCGCAGAACUCGAGGAAUCUCUACAAGGAGGAGGUUCAGGUGUACGAGCUCACGGGCGGUGUCGAAUUGGUACCUUUGUUAACCAGUAGACGCCAUCAGUCGUAUCCGCAGUCCAGCCGGUAUCUUGCCACGGACGCCACUCGCCCGGGAUACACGAUAGAAUCGCUUCGCGCGCUCGGUGUCGGCAAUCGGGAAUACAUCGCGGAUCUCGCCGAGCAAAUACGACGUAAGCGGGACAGGGCGCUGGAGGAACGGCGGAUCGAACAGGAGAGUUGUCGCAGGCACUUCGAUACUUGGAAAAGGCUAUGGGGUAGACCGGGCCACGGCGCCCCCAUAGAUCACGCGCAGCGGAACAAUCUCUACAACAUCCUCCAUCGACCGGCUAUCUAUUGA